AUCAAUAACGAGGAAUGAUACAAUUUUAAAUCUGAAAACGUAACAGUUGCGUCGAGACAUUUCUGAAAUUCUGAAGAGUGUUGUUUAUCUGGUGAAUUUAAUAGUUUUGAUUAGGAGAAGGUACCAAUGCCAAUGUUCCUACCAGAUUGCUUCUGAUCAUGAACGAUAUAGAAAUGAAUAAUCAUAAAAAAAUAAACGGUAAAAGACGGAAAAGACGCAACAGUGAUUAUUACUAUUAUGAAACUGAAGAUGAGGAUGAUAUGAGAGAUAAGAGGAAGAGUUUGUUGUCUCAAUCAGAUGAGGAGGCAGAAAAUAGGAAAAAGACGGAAAAUCAGAAAGAAGAACAAGAUGUUGGAGUUCCAUACUGGAAAUUGUAUAAAUUUGCAACUUCCUUGGAUUGGUUUUGCAUCAUUAUAGCAGCAAUAUGCACAUCUUUGGUAGGCGUUUGCCAACCCUACUAUUGUGUUAUAUUCGGAAAAGUAACAGGGGACUUCAUAUCAUACGUUACAGCAGCUUCAAACUCCAGUUUGUCCAGAGCAGAGCAAGAAGUAUUAGAAAAUAAGUUAUACUACGAUGUUUUUAUUUUUUCGAUGAAAUCUGUUGGAUUAGGCCUAGCCACAUUACUGUGUCAGUAUCUUGGAGGAGUACUGUUUUCCUACAGUAGCUUAAGACAGGUUUUCAGAAUAAGGCAGAAAUUCUUAGAAAAAACACUGAACCAAGACAUCAGCUGGUAUGAUUCGAACAAAACAGGAGAUUUCGCAACAACAUUUUCGGAAAAUUUGGGCAAGAUUGAAGAAGGAAUAGGCGAUAAGGUUGGAGUCUUCUUGAAUUAUCAAAGUGUCUUUUUAACGGGAAUGAUAUGGUCAUUGGUUAUUGGAUGGAAGCUAGCUUUGGUUUGCAUGGUAUCGCUUCCUAUGUCUACCGUAACAAUGGCAAUUAUUACUUGGCUGUCCACCAAGUUUUCCAAGCAAGAAAUGGAAUCCUAUUCUCAAGCUGGAUCUAUCGCAGAAGAGGUGUUUUCUGCCAUUAGAACUGUUGUGGCAUUUGAUGGCCAGAAAAAAGAAAUGAAGAGAUACGAUCAACAUUUGAUAGAUGCGCGAAAUAAUAAUAUAAAGAGAAAUCUGUUCAACGGCUUGAGCAAUGGAUUUCUAUGGUUUUUUGUUUAUGGAUGCUGUGCUCUAUCUAUGUGGUAUGGAGUCAAAUUAAUGAUCGAAGAAAAGGAAUUGCCCGAGGAUCAGAUAAUCUAUACUCCUGGAACUGUUGUUGCGGUAUUUUUCAAUACAUUGGUGGCCUCCUGGAAUUUUAGUAUGGGAGCUCCCUAUCUUCAGAUAUUCGGUGUAGCCUGUGGAGCAGCUGGUAAAGUUUUCAAGGUACUGGACAGUGAACCCAAAAUAAAUUUAUCUCUGAAGAAAGGAUUGAAGUUAAAGAAUCUCCGUGGUGAAAUAUCUUUCGAUAAUAUUUAUUUUAGAUAUCCAUCAAGACCAGACGUCAAGAUACUGAAUGGCCUAACUCUGAAAAUAGCAGCAGGCGAGAGUGUCGCUUUUGUUGGUAGUUCAGGUUGUGGAAAAUCAACUUGUAUCCAGCUGCUGCAAAGAUUUUAUGAUCCCAUCGCAGGAGAGAUAACCAUAGAUGGCUCGGAUAUCAAGGAACUGAAUCUUUCUUGGCUGAGAAGUAAAAUAGGUGUAGUUGGCCAAGAGCCAACAUUAUUCGCGACUACAAUCGCUGAAAAUAUACGUUAUGGUAAAUUAUCUGCUAGUCAAGAAGAUAUAGAACGAGCAGCGAAAAAAGCCAAAGUCCACAAAUUCAUAAAAAGUUUGCCAAACGGUUACGACAGUAUCAUAGGAGAAAGAGGAACACAGCUUUCUGGUGGACAAAAACAAAGAAUUGCUAUCGCUAGGGCUUUAAUCAGAAAACCAUCUAUUCUACUACUAGAUGAAGCGACUUCUGCCCUGGAUACUACAAGUGAAGCCGAAGUUCAGGCUGCUUUAGAUUCUGUCAGCGGGGAAUGUACAACCAUCAUAGUAGCCCAUCGUUUAUCCACAGUCAGAAAUGCUAACAGUAUAUUCAUGUUCAAUGAAGGUAAAAUCAUAGAGCAUGGUUCUUAUCAAGAACUCAUGGAUAAGCAGGGAUCAUUCUAUAAUUUGGUGAAAUCGCAGAACAAUCAUCAAGAGACAGUAGCUGUAGAAGAAGAAAUUCCUGAACCAAAUGAUGAUUUAUUCAAGAAGGAGAUCAAUAGAAGAGAAUCCUAUGUUGAUGUUCAUAAAUUCAAACAUAGAAAGAGCAUCAGUGAAAAAGAAAAAGAGGAAAAAGGAAACAUCCUUAAAGUAUUGAAAAUGAAUAAAGCAGAAUGGUUUUGGAUACUUCUAGGAUGCAUCUCUUCUGUAUUUAUUGGUGCUGCAUUACCAAUAUAUUCUGUACUAUUUGGCGAUAUAAUUGGGACACUUUCUGUCGCUGAUAACACGCAGUUGACUGCUUCAACGAAUAUGAUUUGUCUCUUUUAUUUCAUUCUUGGUUGCGUAGCUGGAAUCUCAUAUCUGAUACAGAUUUAUGCAUUCGGGGUGGCUGGUGAAAACUUAACCCUCCGUGUAAGGAGUAGAAUGUUUGCAUCAAUAAUGAAACAAGAAAUAGGCUGGUUUGACAGAAAAGAUAAUACAGUUGGGGCUCUUUGCUCGAAACUUUCUAACGAUGCUAUGUCAAUUCAAGGGGCUUCUGGAAUGCCAAUUGGGACAGUAUUGAAUUCAUUAUCUACCCUAUUUUUGGCGAAUGUUUUAGCUCUAUAUUUUGAAUGGAAGCUUGCUUUGGUUAUGCUUACUUUCUUCCCAUUCAUUUUCAUAUCGAUAUAUUUCGAACAGAAGAUAAUGCAAGGAAAUUCAGGCUUCAGAGAGAAGAAACUUCAAAAAUCAGCCGGGAUUGCAGUAGAAGCCAUAGGUAGCAUUCGUACUGUUGUUUCUUUGGGAUGCGAAAAACUAUUUUUGGCAAGAUACACCGAAGAACUAAUCCCAUAUAUCGUUUCAUCGAAAAGGAAAUCGCAUUUUAAAUCAUUUAUGUUGGGAGUAGCUAAAAGUUUGAUGUAUUUCGCUUACGCAGCAGGUCUGAGCUAUGGCGCAAAUAUCAUUAUAGCGGAGAAGAUCCAUUACGGCAUUGUUUUUAAGGUUAUUGAGUUGGUGAUUGUUGGUUCUUGGUCACUUGGAAAUACGUUCGCCUUCGCACCAAACUUUCAAACUGGGAUUGAGGCUUCUGGGCGAAUGUUCACUCUUCUCAACAGGGUUCCUGAAGUCAAAAAUAUACAAAAUCCUUCGAAAAGAAAGUGGGACGUUGGUGACCUCGAGUACUCCAGCGUUUACUUCUCAUACCCCACCAGGCCUGAUAUACCAAUUCUGAAAGGACUCGAUCUGAACAUUUUAGGAGGAAAGACUAUUGCCCUAGUAGGAUCAAGUGGUUGUGGUAAGAGCACCAUCAUACAACUUCUUGAAAGGUUUUACAAUCCGACAGCUGGAGAAGUAUGCGUAGACGAUUGCGACAUUAGGAUAAUGGAUCUUCAACAUCUACGAUCACAUUUUGGAAUAGUAUCGCAAGAGCCGAAUUUAUUUGACCGCACUAUAGCUGAGAAUAUAGCUUAUGGCAACAAUCAGCGAAAUGUUCCGAUGAGUGAAAUUAUAGCGGCUGCUAAAAACGCCAAUAUCCACAACUUUGUUACAUCCCUGCCAAAGGGAUAUGAAACUCCUCUUGGAACGAAAGGCACCCAGCUUUCUGGUGGUCAAAAACAACGAAUUGCCAUUGCUAGAGCCCUAGUUCGUAAUCCCAGAAUUCUACUUCUUGACGAAGCUACAUCUGCAUUAGAUAAUGAAAGCGAGAAGAUUGUUCAAGAGGCGUUGGAUAAAGCUAAAGAGGGACGUACAUGUAUUACAAUAGCACACCGUUUGACAACUAUUCAAGAUGCAGAUCUUAUUUGUGUUUUAGAAAAAGGCAGAAUUGUGGAAAUGGGGAAACAUCAAGAGUUAAUAGCUAGAAGAGGACACUAUUUCAAUUUUCACAAGUUGCAGAGCAAUCAUUAGAAGCAUUUCAUGAUAUUUUUAGUAAAAGAAACCUGUCUGAAUUUGGUUGGUCUUUACUUGAAGAUAUCAUUGUUCAACCUAUAUACAUACGAAAUUAAGAAGAAACUCACCGUAGAAGAAAAUAUGAGACCGUAUUGCUUAGAAAGAUUUGGUAAAUUUUAAUGAAGUCAUUUACUUCUCCAAUGAGGACCAGAAUGUGUAUUGUGGAAUGAAGAUUGAAUAUAAUAAAUGUUUGGAAGGAUGAACAUUUAUUUGGUAUAGUUUUACUGAUGGAGAUAAUAAAAGUGUGUCUUGAGUAA